CGCUACGAUUUUGCAGUUAACAAAAAAAACCCCAACACAGAGAACAGUUUCGCCAAUCUGACAAAACUCUCGCAGAUUUCUUGCGUUUUCGUCUCUGCUAACCCUGAAAGAUAUCAAUUUAUAGUCUGUGGGUUAAAUCGAAGAAGUGUAGAAGAAGACAAAAACCACCUUAAUCUCCAUCUGAUCUCAGACAUCCAAACCCUUGGGAGUUUGAAAUUUCUUCUUCCAAAAACAUUCCAAUUGCAGUAAAACUCCGAAGAAAAGGGCCCUUCCCUGUCUCUCCCUGUGUAAGAGUGAAGUGGGUUUUUGUUGUCUCGUCUGUACUCUCCAAUUUCUCUAAUGGCGACUACAGGCUUUCGUUUAGAAGAUUACAAGCAUAGCCCAGUUCACUAUGCCGUAGCACUUGGAGACCACAUCACUCUCUCUCGUCACCUCAGUUCCCUUCCUACCCUUUCCGACCCUUCCCAGAUCGUCACAGAGUCCGACUCCCUUGCGCAAGAGCGCAUCGCUGACCACAUCUCCUCUCUCGUCGACCGCCGUGAUGUUCCCCAAAGGGAAACCCCACUUCACCUAGCCGUUCGCCUCAAUGAUCUCUUCUCAGCCCGCUCUCUUGCCUCCGCCGGUGCUGACGUCUCCCUUCAAAAUGCUGCCGGGUGGAAUUCCUUACAGGAGGCUCUAUGCCGUCGCUCCUCCGAUAUCGCACUUUGCCUCCUCAAGCACCACCACCGCUCCGCCUGGUCCAAGUGGCGCCGCCGUCUCCCUCGCCUUAUCGCCGUUCUCCGCCGAAUGCGAGACUUUUAUAUGGAGAUCUCCUUCCAUUUCGAAAGUUCCAUUGUUCCCUUCGUCGGUAAGAUCGCUCCUUCCGAUAGCUACAGGAUCUGGAAACGUGAUGCAAACCUCCGUGCGGAUACUUCCCUCGCCGGUUUCGAUGGGCUCAAGAUCCAACGCGCCAAUCAAAGCUUCCUCUUCCUUGGAGACGGCGAUCGGGACCAUGACAUACCUUCUGGGACCUUGUUGGUUCUAAACCGUGACGAUCGCAAGAUCUUUGAUGCCUUCGAGAAUGCGGCUGUUCCCAUGUCUGAAUCAGACGUUGCUGGGUUUUGCUCCCAGACUAGCGUGUACCGACCAGGCGUCGACGUCACCAGGGCUGAGCUCGUAGGAAGAACCAACUGGAGGAAGCAGGAGAGGACAGAAAGUGUGGGAGAAUGGAAAGCAAAAGUCUACGAGAUGCACAACGUCGUGUUCAGUUUCCGGACAAGGAAAGUCGUCGGAGACGCAGCUGGUGACGGUGCCGGAGGCGAGCAGGUAUUGCCAUUAGAACUCGAUGAAGACGAUGAUGGUUUCCUGGUUGCAGAAAACCCCAACUUUGGUCUCCCUCCACCUUCCGAUCGCCGACGUCACAGUAGUUUUGUUAGAGAAGAAAGGGAAUUUGUAUCGUUGAGCAGGAAGAGCGUCGAUAUCCCUGACCGGCGGCGAAUCCCGUCGGUAAUGCCUCCGCCACCGAACAAGGAGAAAGAGUAUAUCAAGAGUCUCCGACCAUCGGUAUGGUUAACGGAAAAGUUCCCAUUAAAGACGGAGGAGAUUCUACCGUUACUUGACAUACUAGCUCACAAGGUUAAGGCCGUUAGACGUCUCAGAGAACUGUUAACGACCAAGUUCCCGCCGGGAAGUUUUCCGGUCAAGGUGGCGAUACCGGUGGUGCCGACGGUGAGGGUGGUGAUAACGUUUACUAAGUUCGUGGAGAUGCAACCGACGGAGGAGUUCUUUACGCCGACGUCGAGCCCUGGGCAGUGGGUUGGGGAAGGACGCUACAACACCUCCACCACCUCCUCCUCUUCUUCUUCUUCUUCUUCUUGGCUGGGCCGUUACAACAACGCCGCUCAGGCAGCUUCUGCAAGCAAGCAGAGGGGUUGUUCGGCAGCCCAACAAUUGGAUCCUUUUGCCAUCCCCAGAGACUAUACAUGGACAAGCAUGGAUGAUAAGUCUCAGAAGAUGAAGAAAUCAAGGUCCACUAGGAAGGGCAAGUAGAUUGGGUGGUGGGUAUCUUCUCCAUUUUACCUUCAUUUGCUCAGUUGUGCCUGUGCCUGUGUCCUAUGUCCUGUGUCCUGCUCGGUCAAGUCAGAAUCUCAGAUACAUGUACAUAUGCCCCAAUUCUAUGGUGGGGUUGGGAGGUCAGGAAGAAUGUUCACAAGAAGUUCACUUUUUUUC